GUAUUGUUCCCUCUGCUUGUGUGCUUGAUAAAGUUAUACAUGAUACUUGAUUUGUGUCAUGCCAAAUCAAUUGCUAAAAGUAAAAAGGUAGCAGGUUUUUAUGGUGAAUCAAGAUUUAUUACUAAAUUGUUUUUAAGACCUGUCGAUUAUCAAAAUGAGUACUUUGCUCAUUGUUUGAAAGCGGAUUAUGCUUAUAGCGUUUAUAAUAUGUUUUGCGAUGCUGCGGAAUAUAAGUGGGCUUAUUUCUUCUUUUUUGGUUUUUCAAAUUUUAACUGGUGUUAUAUUAUCAUUUUGUAUGCUGCUGAUUCUGGUUUAAGCUCUUAUUGCUUUAUGGAUGAUACUAAUGAUUCUUUUUACCAGUUGAUGUGUUCGUUAUUGACAUACAUGGGAGGUUACUGUGUUGUUUGUACUUCUUUUUAUUUAUAUGGGUCGCGCUUUGUGUUAUAUCAGUUAAAGAAAUAUUGGUGUGUCAAAUGUCUGUUUAACGUUUUAUAUUGUUGGUGGUUCUUCUGUCACACUGUGACGCUUGCUCGUGUUUUUCAGCACACGUUUGGGUUGAUUUGCUAUACUAGAUUUGAUGAUUAUUCAUCUUCUUUUAUUUACAUCGUAGAGGCUCUGAAAAGCCUUUGUGUAUUAGUCAAGGAUUUUAUGUGUUUAAUGUUUGUUUGUAUGUCUUCUGUUUUUCGUUUGUUUUAUUUUCCUGAGGAUGUUUUGGGUGUUGAACGUUUUUUAAAAGCUGGUUAUUUAAAAACACCAAUAACUAUUAAGUCUGAGUGA